UCCCCUAAAACUCCAUGUUUUUACUUGUGAAAUUACCAGGAUGUCAGACGAGUCCAUAAAGAAAAUGUUGCGGUCUGUUCUCCAGUCCAACAAGAGCGGCGUUUCUAUUAACAACCUUCAGUCAGAUUACAGGUCACUGUGCGGAGAGAUUAUCCCCUUGAGGAAGCUGGGCUACUCAAAACUAGAGGACUACCUCAGUAGCAUCCCCACUGUGGUCCGCCUGGAGUAUGGCAUGGGUGAGAUUAAAUGCUUUGCUGCAGUGUGUCGAGAGACAGCCCACAUUGCUGUGCUGGUGGCCAAGCAGAAGAGCUCUAAGAAAUGUGGUCGCUCCCAAUUCGUCAACUGCAAGAUGAGAUUUAAACCUUCCAACCCAUACAUGCUCAAUGUGAGUCCAAGGUCCUCUCUCCGCCAACCCUCAGCUGGUGGUGCCUCUAACUGGACAGCAAACCGUUCUCGGGCCCAUGGCGGCUACAGAGGCUUCAGUGCCUCAGGAGACUACAGGCAGUCAGACCAAAGCUUCAGCUCUCUCACCCCUGUCCAAGACAGACAACCAGCUCCUCGACCCGCUCCUCGACCAGCUAUAAAACAAUGUUUCGUGCCUGACAGGAAAGAGAAGAGCUUUGCAAAAUGUCAGAAGCCCGGAGCAGAAUCUUUCACAUCAAAGCCUCCUGAAAAAAUCUCCAGACUCGGCCAAUCCCAGUCGGGUCUGUAUGACGUGGAGCUGGUGCAGAGCAGAAUAACUUCGCUCUUGGAGAAAUACUACAGUGGAUUGUGGAUGUCGAAACUACCAGGAUUCUACAGUGAAAGGUUCUGUCAGACGCUCCACCCUCAGGUGCUCAAAGAUCUGGAAAAGUGGAAACACAUCGCCAUGGUGGAGAAAACUCCCAGCACCAACCGAGCUGACUACCUCAUCUACCCUCCUCUGCUCCCUAAGCCUUGUAUUGUCCCUAAAAGUAGCACCACCAACACGCCUCCAGCGUCACCCACCGAUUCAAGAAAUAUCACCACAGCCAUUUCUUCACAUCCCUCAACACCCGACCAACCUUCCACCCCCAUCAGUCCUUCCCCUAACCCUAAACAUAGUCUUUCCACCUUGGCUAAGCCCACCUUCAUUUUUCCUCCUCAACCUGUCGCUGCCUCUUCAGGUAAGCUAUUGUCUCCGAUCACAUUGCGCAACCCAGCUCGCAACCCAGCUCUUGCGCCGCAGCUGCCACCCUUUGUUAAUCUUGCAGUCAAUUUCAAUGGUGGUUGUGGAGAUAAUCACAACUUUCCUACAUCUACCCACAACCAAAGCACGCAGCCCUUAGCCCCGACCUGGACUUGCCUUGCAUCAACCAACGCUCCUCCAUUUGCUUCCCCCCUCAAACCUGGCCCUGAAAUUGUACCUCUUUUGAAGGUCACCUUCUCCCCUACCUCUGAUUCUGUCCCUUGUCCUCCCUCAACAUCUUCAUCUGUCUGUGUGUCAGAUGAGGUUUGUCAGAGAAUAAAGGAGCUUCUGUUAAAGUCCAGUCAAGGUAUGUGGGCACAUGCUCUGCCCAAACUCUUUAUGGACACGUACAAGACGCCGUUCCCUGAACAUGUUCUGGACAACAUGUCUCUUUUGCUAGAUAUAUGCACUGUGGAGUACCCCAUGCCAAAUGACAAGAAAAGGGCCAUCCUGUAUAGCUCCAGCAAAGCAGACAUGAAAGCCACAAACAGCCAGCAGUGCAGAAGACGUGCCCUUCCCUCUGGCCUGGAGGUCCAGCAUCCUGUGGUGCCGCCAGAUCUGCUGCUUCCCUCAAAGCAGUUCCCCUCUGUGCUGAUUACUGAGGCCAAGAGCAGCAAUGCUGUUACUAUAAGGUAUGUAGGUGAGAACUACUCUAAUUCCCAGGAGGCCAUGGAGGAGGCCAUGCGCACUUUCUAUAGCCAAAGGUCCAACCACCGUCUGCUGUCUAAACCUGUUGUUGGUCAACUGGCAGCAGUCAGAGGGGAGGAUGGAGACGAGUUUGCAAGAGCUCAAGUCAUGGAGGUUAUGUCCCCUAACAAGGUCACGGUAUACUAUGUGGACUAUGGCUUCUCCGUGGAAACCAGUGGGACUAAUCUGCUGGAGAUGCACCAGAACUUCCUCUCUCUGCCCUUCCAGGCUAUCAGUGUUAGACUUGCAGGUCUGGAGGCAUUCAGCUCACAUCCACUGGUGCUGUCCUCUUUGGACAAGUUGGUAGUCGGAAAGAUCUUGCUGAUGGAGACAUUAGAGCCGUGUCACCAGAAUGAGACUCCUGUGGCAGUGCUGUACGACACUUCGCAGGAUGAUGACAUCAACAUCAACUCCACCUGUAUGAAGUCUCUCCAGGACGUGACCAUGAACAACCCUCUGACUGUACAUGCUACCUAUCAGGAUGUGUGUGUCACAAAUGUGUGUGCAGAUGGUACCAUCUACUGCCAGCUGCCCUCCAGAGGAACCGCAAGACUCAGCAAGUUACUGGAAGAAACGGAGACCUUCUUUAUCUCCCAGAUGACUUCUGAGUCCCUGGUGUCCAUACCCUUCAGUGGCAAGUUCUGUCUAGCCCGCUAUAAAGGAAUGUGGUCCAGAGUGGAGAUCACCAACAUGUACGGCAACAGAGUGAUUGAGAUCCUCUUUAUGGACUUUGGUGUUGCAGCAACUGUAGAGGUCACUGAUCUCCGAGAGAUCCCCCCCCUUUUCCUCCAAAACUUCAUCGCCAUCCCACCACUGGCUAUCAAAUGUCGCCUGGCUGACGUCACAGUCCCAGAGGGAGACUGGAGCCCAGAGGCCGUUCUAUCGGUGAAGGAGGUUUUCCUGGCCUCUGAAGACUGUAAAAUGAAGAUCUUCAAAUUAGACCAGCACAAAGGGGACUGUCUGGUCUACAUGUACCUGUUCGUUGGUGCAGACAGUCAGCAGCUGGACAAGAGUGUUAACCAUCAGCUGGCACAGUCAGAGUUGUGGCAGAAACUCACAACACAAAACGACAACAACGCAAUCACAAGCAAUAAUGGCAGCGUGGAUACAGGUUUCUUUCUUAGUGCUCUAGUGGAGAAGUUGACUUUGAGCAGCCCGGCCCCAUACCCCAUCGCCGAGUCUUCAACCCAAACUCAUCACGGAGCAGAGGACUUAUCUUCUCCAGAUACGAGCACUGGGAUGCAGCCACUUCCUCUGCCUCCCCCACUAGAGUUCCCCCAGCCUGGUCAGAAUAUGGAUGUGUUUGUGCCAGCGGCAUGCCACCCUGGUUACUUUGUGCUGCAGCCAUGGCAGGACCUGCAUAAGCUGGUGGUGUUGAUGGAGCAGAUGAUCCUCUAUUAUAACCAGACGUGGAAGCUCAACUCGGCCCCACGCAUCCAGAAAGGAGAGAUCUAUGCUGCCAAAAUAGAGAAGAAUUGGUAUCGUGUGCAGCUGAAGGGGAUUCUGGCCAAUGGGUUGGUUUCUGUCUUCGAGUUGGACUACGGCAAACAUGAGCUGGCCCGGAAUACUUUCCUCAGGCCUCUGAUCGAAGAAUUCAGACAGCUGCCCUUCCAGGCUAUCACUGCACAACUUGCAGGCAUGACACAGUACCAGUGGUCAGAGGAGGCCUCCAUGUUAUUCAGGAACCACGUGGAGGAUCGAGCGCUGGUAGCUCAGGUGGAGAGUGUGUCGGAGGUUAAAGGUGAGAUGUGGGAACGCAGGUUGACGGUUUACCUGGUGGACACUACAUUUGAGGACAAGGACCUUUGGAUUCACAGCCUCAUGGCCGACAUUAGUGGUGAGCUGUCUUCGGCAGCCUAGUAUCUCAUGUUGUUAACGUGAACUUUGGAAGCCAAAAGUCACUUUUUCUGAAUCACCUUUGUGUUGCAUGUUUUUGUGUUGUAUAUUACUGUAUUGCACCAUCUAAUUGAUUGUUUUUUUGAUUGCUGUGCAUGCAAUGGUAUAGUUAAUUUUGCAUAUCUAUAUAUAUAUAUACACACAUACUUUAAUCCAUCUUAAAUGACUUAAACAUUUACAUAUUUGUGAAAACUUCACUUCUGAUGGUAACAUCUUGUUUAAUAUUAUACUAUGUUACUCGGCUGAAAAUAAUAUGUUUGUAAUAUUUUAGUGUUUCAACAUGAAAAGCUGUUCACAAGGUUCUGUUAUAUUAAAACAUGUAGCCAAAGGAUGGUGUAC